UACAAUGAAAAAAUAAAGUGAGAAUGAGAAGAUUGCUAUUUAUGCAUCAUAGAUGAUGAAAUUACAUGGGAAGAUCCUAGAGAAGAAAUUGACUAAAGUGUCUUCAAAACAGUAAUUUGAAAGUCAAUCCCAAAAUAUCUCGAAUAAUAAUAGUCCUGCAGUUGGAAGACAAAAGUCAUAUGAAAAUCUAUUGAAAGUGAACAGAACUUUCAUAAACCCUUCAAUUUAGGUGUCCUAACAAAAAUUAAGCAGCAUUUUAAAUGUGAUGGCAGGCUAACAGACGAAACCUAAAAAUUAAAGUUUAUUUAACAAUGAAUUAAUUGAUACAGUCAAGAUAACUCAUAAAUUACGAAAGAAUCAAUCCAUGAUAUAAAUAGAGCAAUAAUCCCCUUAACUUACUAAAAACUCUUCUUUUCAUAGACCCAAUUCAAGCGUGAAAAUAAAGAAUGGUAAUAGUGUGUCAGGUGAUUAGACUCAAAUCCAAAAGAUUAAGGAAAAGAUCAAAUCCCUUUUACAAGACAGAGAGAAUUAUUUGUAAUAGGAUUAAAAAGAAACUACAUUUAUGAUCAAUUUUAACUAAGCUCUAAAUCAACUAUUAGCAAUCAUAUUUCGAGAUUAGCAGAAUAUGUAGCCUAGUACAAAUUAGGAUGGAACUCAUGCACAUUAAAUAGACCAUUUCUUUAAAAGAUAAAUAUAGAUUCUAUAACAAUCCUUAUAAUAAUAAAUGGAGAAGAAGAAAGUGGAGAGCAUUCUUAUUUCAAUCAAAAAGAAGCAUGAAAGUCUUUUAUUGGAGCACAAAUAGUUAUUAGAAAUUAAAAAGUCUCAAGAUCAAAUAAUUGUUAAUUUAUAACAACAAAUAAAUGGGCUAUCAGCUUAGAUCAGAGAACAUGAUCAUGUAGGUUAAAAUGAUACAGGUAGAGAUUUCUAAUACAUAUAGAAAUUUAAGAGUUGAAAAAUUUAGUACAAGGAUAAUUUGAAGCAAUAUAAAAGUUACUCCAAAGAGAACAAUUAACCAAGAUAUUCUUAAAAAGAGUAGGUGAUAGUUCGAUAAUAGAGUAAUUAUUUCCAAUUUAAUGUUAGAAUGUUCGAAUCAUUUAUAUCUAAUGCAGAAUAAGCAGAUCAAAAUGACACAGAAGGAAACUUAAACAUUGAUGUAAAUCCUAUCAAUUAACCUAACUCUCUUAAUAAAUUACAAACUCCAAAACAAAAAAUGAAUUCUUAAGAUUAAGUCAAUUAUCCUCUCCAAAUCUUGUCAAAAUACGAGGAUAAUUAUAAAUAAUAGCUAAACUUAUGUGAUUCUGUAUUAGCAGAUGAUUCAAGUAUUAAUUCUUAUAUUUUAUGUAGGAAUAAACGAUUCUGAAGAGAGCAGUUUUGAUUAUAAAGGGAAAGAAUAAGCAACUGAAAUAAGUUGUUACUUCAACCCAGCAUCUCAAUUUGUUUAGCCUAAGAUGAAGAACACACGCAGUUAGAUGAUUUCCAAAGAGAAACUAAGAAUAAAUAUGAUGGAUGUGUUAUAAGCUUAAAUUGCGUAUUUAAAUUUUAUCGAAUUUUUAUAUAGACAAAACUAGCAAGAAAUUUUAGAACAGUAAUAAUUGUAAUAGUAGAAGAUUUUGCCUGACGAUCUAUUGGAUGAAGAUUAAAUGGAUGCCUACUAAUCUAAUGAGGAGGUAUUUAAAUCUAAAAAAUUAGUAUUGA